CCGAGCCCGCCCCCCGCCAGCGGGCCUGGCCGGCGACUGGAUUAGAUGGAGCUCGGCGCGGCUGGCGGCAGCAUCCUCCUGGGGGCCGGGUUCGAGCCUGCCCGGGCUGGCCACGCAAGACUGAGCGUGAAUCGCCUGCACGGGAGCGCUCCGCGAGCCUGCUAAUUAAGUACACGCGCGUGCCAGGCUGCUAAUUGCAGGCACAGGACCGCCAUGCAACGCUGCUAAUUAACGGUGCGUCCACGACUGCCACAUUGCUGGCAGCCCGCUGCCCUGCCAGGCUGCUGGGGAAUGGCCUCCCUGCCAGACGGCGCAUUCGUUGCAGACAUGCAGGGUUGCUAAUCAGCUGCACUUGCAGCCCCGUUGCUUUAACUGCCUGGCUGCGUCCUAGCCCCCCGGUUGGCUCAUCCCUCUCCCUGCCUCCCUCAGCAUGGGCACCGUGCUGUCCCUCUCCCCGGGCUCCCGGAAGGCCAGCCUGUACGAGGAGGGCUCCUCCGGCUCGCUGGCGCACUACCCGGGCGUGCCGAGCGCCAAGGGCAGCGGGCAGAAGGCGGACAAGAACCUCAAGCGCCACUCCAUGUUCAUCCCGGCCUUGACCUGGAAGCGGCUGGUGGCCUCCACCAAGAAGAAAGGCUCCCGGGGCGGGGGGAAGGGGCCUGCCCACAAUAACAACAACAACCACCCCCACGCCAAGGACGUGGCCCUCCUCAACCACGAGAACGUCAAGAAGUCGCUGUCUUGCGCCAACCUCGCCAGCUACGAUGGGGGCGGGCCACCCCUGGCGCCGCUCAGCGCCAAGCGCAUCUCCACCACCUCCGUCUCCUCCCUCAAGCCGGGCGCCUUCCUGGGCGGGGGCAGCUCGGCCUCCCCGCGGCGCGUGGUCGUCCAGGCCUCCACCAGCGAGCUGCUCAAGUGCCUGGGCGAAUUCCUCUGCCGCCGGUGUUACCGCCUCAAGCACCUGUCGCCCACGGAGCCCAUCCUGUGGUUGCGCAGCGUGGACCGCUCGCUGCUGCUGCAGGGCUGGCAGGACCAGGCCUUCAUCACCCCGGUCAACGUGGUCUUCGUCUACCUGCUGUGCCGGGAGGUGAUCGACGGGGAUUCGGUCUCCAGCGAGCACAACCUGCAGGCGGCGUUGCUCACCUGCCUCUAUCUGUCCUACUCCUACAUGGGCAACGAGAUCUCUUACCCGCUCAAGCCCUUCCUGGUGGAGACGGCGAAGGACGCCUUCUGGGACCGGUGCCUUCGCAUCAUCAACGCCAUGAGUGGCAAGAUGCUCCGGAUCAACGCCGACCCCCACUACUUCACCCAGGUCUUCGCCGACCUCAAAAACGAAGGCAGCACCCGCGAGGACUUUGCUCGCGUCCUGGACCGGUGACUGGCUCAGUGCACAAAGGACCAACUGCCCCCCUCCCCGCCAACCUCAUGUGCAGCGCAGCCCUCGCCUUGCUGUGACCUUAAAGACCAGCUUGCGGUGAGCCAGGGAUUUUCCUCUGGCUCGCCUGGGCCAGAUCUCCCCGGAGCCAGGCCAGACUCAUCCAAACACUUACAAGAAAUCUGGCUUGGCUGCCCCUCUCCCGCCCCAUGAGCCAACAACAGGGGGUGUCUGUGUGCAGCGUGGGGGAGGCAGCCUUCAGCUCCGGUGUCUGUGUCAGAGACAGAAGAGGAGCAGCCAAAGGCCAAUAGUGUGAUUCCCUUUGAAUAGGCCCAUAAGUGCCUGUAGGUUCCCUCCUCCCCUCCCCACCCCCCAGUGCCAUGUUCGUGGCUUGUUCAUUUCUUCUUUUGGGUCUGCUUGAAAUGCAUUCCAAAGCGACGGGAAAAAUCCCAGGGAGGAUCUAAAAUAUACACGUGACGCGCGCUUUAGCUUCGGUCGGUGAUGUAUUUGUACAGGUGAAUUCGGCCUUUCGAACUAGCCCUGCCUUGCUUAGAAAACCUCCCGCCUGCUCCUUGCCAGAAACUGGGCCAGCUGGUGCGUUGUACAGUCACGCCAGAGCCUUCCUUUGGGUACCUGUCAGCUCUGCAGCCGGGAAUCGGCGCUGGCCGAUGACUGGGACAAGUAGCUGAGGUCCCCUCCUAAGGAAUCUCCAGGUGCGUGGGGGUGUGGGGGAAGUGGGCCCAGGCUGUAGAUGGAGGGUACUGGUAUCAUGAUUGGCCUCUGCAUGCUUUGAUUGUCCUGGGCGUGGCCUUGGCAACUGAUGAGCCAGGGCUAGAAGCAUUUGAACAGGCAGUGGCGGCCCCGUCUUUUGAAGCAGGUCCCCGAGGUGUUGUGUGGUGGAAGCAGGUGAUGGAGGAGCUGAGAGAUGGCUGGCUGGGGCUGGGGAGUGAGGGGCAGGGCUGGCUGGCUGGGGGGACAGGGGCAGGGCUGACCAGCAGAGGUGCUGCAAGCCUGCGCACUACUGGUUUCGUUUGUGAGUUUCCUGCCCCCGUCCCCUGGCAGGUCCCCUCAGGGUGCGAGUGACCCCAUGAUCCCUUUACUCCCUGAUCCCCACCUGGGUCCCCGUGAAUCUUGCUCCCCCGGUGUUACAUUGACUAAAUCUCAUUUGAAAAGUCUCCUGUACCCCACCAAGCAUGUGGGGUGGGUUCGGCACCUGGUGUCUCUCUCUGCUUGCCUGUCCCAUUGCUAAUCUGGCUGCAGGAUUGGGGGAUGUGCUAAUCCCCCCUUGCUGUCUGGGGCUGCUCCAGCCUUGGGCCCAGCCCCGCUCCUUUGUCCCCAGCCUGGCUAAUUCAUCCCUACCUGGCAGGGCCCCUGCAGCGUGCCCACUCUGAAGAGGGUUUGCAGAUAGGAUCUAGGGAGGGGGUGCGCAGGAUCUGCCGCAGGGAUGGUGCUGGGGGGUAGAAUGGCUGGAGGAGUGAGGGCUCCAGGCCGUUCCAGAGGAGUGUGUCCCCAUAAUCAGGGGGGUGUAACUGAAAUGGACUGCGGGGGAUGGGGUGUGUGGAUAUUGGGAACACUCUUCCUGCAAGGCACGGUGGAUUGUGGGUCACCAUUACAAAUUCACACUUCGCAGACUCUUCCCAGCCCCCCCCCCGCCCCCGGGGAGGUAGGGCAGUAUUACCACCCCACUUUAUAGAUUGGGAAACUGAGGCACAGAGCCAGCAAGUCGCUUGCCUGAGGCCACAGAGGGAAUUACUGUCAGAACUGGGAGGCUUUUCAUCCUGCAGGCAGAGCACUGACCUACAGCCCUGGCUGCAGGGAAACCUGAGGCUAGGCGCUCGGAUACUGCAGCGACCGGGCAGCCGCAUACGUAUCUAGGUUGGAGGCCUGGGUCACUUGGAGCUGGACUGGAAUCCUGCAUGGCAGGGUGCAGGCUGGGAGGUCUGAGAGGUCUCCUCCAUCUCCAGCACCUGGGCUUGCAGCUUCACCUGCCCUCGGCUUGGCUCCUAUUGGCGCCUGAAGCCAAGAGAGAUCUUCCCAAGGGACAAGCCUUCGCACCUCUCCUCCACGAGCGGGUGGUUGGGAGGGCGCGGAGCUGGUGCCAGGCUGGAGGCCGUGCCCAGGUCACAGAACAAGAUAGCUGACAAACGCACGCAGAGCGAUGGGCAGGGAAACCCCGGGGAGGCUACCAGACCCCGUGCAUCAGGAUUUCCUGUGGCGGCGCCGCCCUGCUGGUGAAAAUUGUCAGGCGCCUCCAGAGGUGCGGUGACUCAUCCCACUCAGCCUUGCGUUGGGCGGGGAGGCCGUGCUGCCCUCUCGCGGGAGCUCGGGGUGCUGCAGGGGUGCACCGGUGGCCUUUGCCAUGGUGUAUCAGUGCCCGGUGCGGUGCCGAUUGGUUAAUUGACGCUCUGCACCACGGUAGAUACAGCCGCAGUCAGGUUUUAUAACCAGCCUGCCUGGGGAGUUCUUGGCCGUAGCGAUAAGCUGGUGGGUAGACUGCACCUAGUUCUACUAUGGCUCAUCAAAAACGUUUCCUGGGUGCCCUGCGCUAGGCCCGACCAGGGCUCAGCUGCUCACAGCCAGGUUAGCUCUGAGGCCCUUAACAACGUCCCCAAGGCAGAGUUCCUAAAAGCCCCGACUCCGGGAGGUCUGCUCCCAGGAUCUGGCCCUUACAGGAGACAGGAAGCCAGUCGUGGACGCUUUCUCGCUCCCCCUUAAAGGGGCCCUGCAAAGAACUGGGACUUGUGCCUUUUGCUGUUCCCUUUAUGAUGGAUAAAUGAGGGCUGAGACCUUGGACCCAUAAAAAGGGGUUGGUUUUGACCUGAGCGAGUCAGGACGUGUCUCUAUGGCAGCUUCAGCCCUAACAAAACGAGCUCCAGCCGUGUGGGGAAGGGCCUGUUUUCAAUGCUGCUGGUUGUGUUGACAGCUGUUAACGCCAAUGCCCAAUGAACCCCUGGGAGAAAGGCCAUCUUUGUUAAAGAGUCACCUGGUCAAGGUGGCAGCCAGGGACUCCUCCGGCAAACCCCAGGGGGCUCCAGACCUGACUCCCAGCAAUUUGUACUGGGACAAAAAUCAGAUUCAAAAUAUCCCCCAAGCUCAGGCUUCUCUUUGUGCAUCAACGCAGCCGAGCAAGGGCACAAUCCCAGACAAGUCACGGUCAGGUCAAAGACCCCCUUCACAGCAAUGAGGAGGUUCCCGAGCGCCCAGACGGCAUUCCCGGGCCCUGCACCUCUCCGGGGCGCUUGGCGGCUUUGCCUGUGUGCAUAGAUACAUUAUUUAUAGGCCGGGUAUAUAAAGUCACUUUAUAUACACACCCAGCCCUACUGUAUCAUAGCUAUAUGUAUAUUUUUCUAUGAGAGAGUAUCAGUAAUUAACAUGGGGAUGGGCCCAAAUGCCUUGUUGCUUUUUCUAAUUAAAAGAUCAACUCCACGACUCCAGAAGCUUAAGUCGUGUCACCCAGCCCCGCCCCAAGUGACCCUAAAAUCGGGAUCGUCGGCGAAAUCCACGCCGGUUGCUGCUAAACCAACAUCCACCGCCAUCCUUCCCUCCCUCCCUGACGUCCCCUGGCCCCCGGUGGAUAUGUUGUUGUGUGAAUAGCCUUGUGUGAAGCGUCGCGAGCGGGUACGUGACGAUUGUGCAUGUAAAGAUGAUUUAUUUAAUUUGUCGCUAUCUUUCUCUUUCCAUUUGUGGAGCUGUUUUUCAGCAGUGAGUUUCUUAUUUAAAACUGGGAGUGGGGGGAUCCCCCCCAGCCAAACACGCCGCUCUGGAUUUUCUUCCAGAAGGGGAGGACAUUAAAGCGCAUUCCUCAGAUCAGGAUUGAUGCAUUUUCACUGGAACUGGACUCUGCUUAUUUUUAAUAUUUGUUGCAUUUCUUCUUUGGAACCACUAUUUAUUUGGGUGGAGCUGUCCAGCCUCCUCCUUCCCUCCCCCACCCCCAAAGACACCCAUGAGCUGAGGGGCUUUGGGGGGUGAUUCCGGACACAGACUUGUCCCUUGGUCCCGGUACCAGGGCGUGGCCAGUGUUGCUACAAAGGCCAAAGAACCAUGAGACUGCAGUGGGAGGUUCCACCUGGCAAUGUGGCGAUUCUCCCAACAGACGGAGGGGUCUUCGCUUGCACGCCCCUCCCAGUGCGGAAUGAAGAUGACAGUCGAUAUUUAAAGCAAAAACUCUUCCCUUCCCCUCACCCCCUGGAGGUGUUUGAAAUCUGUUUGUAAUAUUUACUAUCUCAGACUUGCCUACAUGUCCGAUUUCUAAAUGUGUCAUUGCUGGGAGCGAGCCGCCUCCCAGGUGCUCCAGGGACGGAGCCUUGUCACAGGGUGCCGGGAGCAGUGGGCUCAAGUAUUUUCUGCUGAUGACCGUGGCACUUUAUGCAAAAUAAAAUGGGGGUAAAACAA